GCCAGGCUGGAUCUCAGCAUGGAGAGUGGGGAUCCUCUGGUAGAGGGGGACAGGGAACUACUCAUGGACAGUCAGGAGACACCUACAAACAUGGGCAGGCUGGUCAUGGGCAUUCCUCACAGUCAGGAUCUGGCAGAAGUGGAAGAAGGAGAUCUAGUCACAGUGAGUCCAGUGGCAGUGAAAGGCAUUCCGGAGGCUCACAAGGACACUCAGGGUCCAGUCAUGGCCAGGCUUACGGACAGUCAGGAGACACCUACAAACAUGGGCAGGCAGGUCAUGGGCAUUCCUCACAGUCAAGAUCUGGCAGAAGUGGAAGAAGGAGAUCUAGUCACAGUGAGUCCAGUGGCAGUGAAAGGCAUUCCGGAGGCUCACAGGGACACUCAGGGUCCAGUCAUGGCCAGGCUUACGGACAGUCAGGAGACACCUACAAACAUGGGCAGGCAGGUCAUGGGCAUUCCUCACAGUCAGGAUCUGGCAGAAGUGGAAGAAGGAGAUCUAGUCACAGUGAGUCCAGUGGCAGUGAAAGGCAUUCCGGAGGCUCACAAGGACACUCAGGGUCCAGUCAUGGCCAGGCUUACGGACAGUCAGGAGACACCUACAAACAUGGGCAGGCAGGUCAUGGGCAUUCCUCACAGUCAAGAUCUGGCAGAAGUGGAAGAAGGAGAUCUAGUCGCAGUGAGUCCAGUGGCAGUGAAUGGCAUUCUGGAGGCUCACAGGGACACUCAGGGUCCAGUCAUGGCCAGGCUCACAGACAGUCAGGACACACCAACAAACAUGGGCAGGCAGCAGGAAGACAAAAUCAUCGAUCAAGUCAAAGAUGGAGACACGGUAGCUAUGGAAGUGCAGGAUAUGACUAUGGGAAAUCUGGGUAUGGACCUUCAGGGGGUAGUCGAACAAGCAGUCACAAUUCUAGCCCUGUUAGGCCAAGGAACAGAACUGAAAACAAGCAAGUGUCAGUUCACAGUCAUUCUGAAUCUAGUUCAACUUUUAGGCAGGGAUCCCAUAAUAAUAGUAAAGUGCGUUCAGAAGAUUGGGGGAAACAGAUUAAUAAACAAUCAGGAUCUAGGCACAGACAGUCAGACUUCAAUACAAUUGAUAUACAUGGAUCCAGUCAACAGCAUUUCGGAGAUACAUCUUCUCAAGAUCAGGUAGAAUCCAGCAUAAGUUUAGCAAGACAGGGAUCAAGUCAUGGACAAUCCA